CAUGGCUCCCAGAGCUUGGAGGUGCCAGGCACCUGCCGACAGGUGCCGGUUCGGCACCAGUAUGUUGGGCUGGGUCCAGAAGGUGCUGCCUCAGCCUCCAGAGACCCCUCAGAAGACUAAGGAGGAAACAGGACUAGAGCCAGAACCAGAGCUGGAGCCUGAGGCAAAACCAGAACCUGAACCAGAGCCUCAGCUGGAGCAGGAACCAGAGCCAGAACCCGAAAUAGCCCCUGAAGAGGAUGUGCCAGAGACCCCGACCCUGCCGCCUGAGGAGCCAAUGGAAGAGGAAGAUGUGGCUGAGGCUGGUCCUAGCCUUCAAGAGGCCCAGGAAACUGACCCUCCUCAGUCUACCCCUCAGGCCCAGGUGGCUGUUGCCAAGGUGAACAGCCCCAGCUCUUGGGUGCUGACCUGGUUCUGGAAGGGCAUGGAGAAGGUCGUUCCACAGCCUGUCUACAGCAGCAAGGGGGGCCAGAACCUGAUUGCUGGAGUGGAAGACCCAGAUCAGGCUGGAGUACAGAUUCCGGGGCCCUGUGGCACCGGGGAAUCAGGGUCUGCAGAUGGUUCAGACGAAGCUUCCAGGGUUCACAAUACUGAACCCAGCCUGUGGCUACUCAGGUGGCUUGAGCAGAACCUGGAGAAAAUGCUGCCUCAGCCCCCUAAAUCCUCUGAGGCCUGGAGAGCUGAACCUGAACCUGAACCUGAACCUGAACCUGAACCUGAACCUGAACCUGAACCUGAACCUGAGGCUGCUGUCUUGGACCCAGAUCCUCCAGAACUCCCGAUGGAGACAGAGCCCACAGAGAGUCCCUCCCAGGCCAAUCCUGGAACCCUGGAGCCCAAGGAGAAGCCAGCUGCAGAGCCCCAGCCUGGUUUCCAGGCCUCUUCCCUGCCACCACCUGGGGACCCUGUCAGGCUGAUGGAGUGGCUCUUACACAGGCUGGAGAUGGCCCUGCCGCAGCCCGUGCUGCACGGGAAGGCUACAGAGCAGGAACCUGGCUGCUCUGAGACAUGUGAUGUGCAGACAAGGGUGACAGCAGCUGGAGGCCUCUGAAACAAGGGAAAAGGGGACCUGGGGAGCCCAUGGACAAACGGAUGGAUGGAUGAAGGACAGAAGGAUGCCUCAAGAGAAGACCUUUUAGGGGGCAGUGACUGCUAAUCUCCACCCUUCUUGAUUAAUGAACCCCAGGCAGGACCGAGGAAAGCAGAGCCAUUAUGUAAAACCCCAGAGCUUUCUUUUGGGGACUCUUGGCCAGGAGGCAGCACCCUGACCAGAGCAAGGGCGAGGAGGACUUCCUGAUGGGAGUCUAUACAGGGCCCCAUUAAGGUCUCAAUGUUCAAUGUCUAAGCAUGCUCACACCAGAGAACCUGGCACCAUCCACACUGCUGCAGGACCUAAUUUCCCUACAAGUGGUUCUCCUAAGGUCUGCCCUAGUUCAGGGACCACCCCCGAUGGUGAUAUUGUA